UUUGUUUUGGUCAUGUCGUUGUAACGUGCCUACCCGUGUCUGCCUCACACGCAAUAGUCCAGCGUGAUCGCUGCUGUGUUGUGUUUUACGUCCAGUUCAACGUCUUAUUCGAGCGAUACAACUCAUCGCUGACACCGACCAUCCGUCGUGUGUUCCCGUACUUACGGUCCGUUAUUAUAACGUGACGUAUAAAUGUCAGUAACAGGGUGUCGUGAGAGAAACAGCGUCAUACAUCGCUCAUGAACACUUACGCAUAUAGUCGCGUGUGCCACCCACACCCUAGACGUGAUCGUCUCGCAUCUCAAGCUGCUGUCGCUUUACUAAUUUGGAGGACCGAAAGAAUAGCCGCAGCAUUAUCCUGCAAUCGUAGACACGACGACGGUUUCCACCGAAGCGGUCAUUGCAGAUAUAACAUGCAACGAAGGCGAAACCAAACCGCUACAAAAGGAUGAGGAACAGGUGAACCGGAUGUCUACCAACCGCAAAUUGCAAAACCCGGUGUGGGAGGCCAUUACCGCCGAGGCUGGGCAGAUAGGUUGGUGGACUUCCAGCGAUCACAAAAGCUGGCACAACAGCCGGAACAAUUGACGGAAAGCGAACAUUUUAACGAUGCGGCGAACCUAGAUCCCACUAGCUGUUCGUCCGAACCAACGCCAGCGGUAAAGAUUAAAACGGACGUGCAUCGGACGCGGUUACGAAAAAUUAUCUGAAGCUGAAAGAGAAGAGAAAGGCCAGGAGGCAAUUGGCUAACGAGCAGCAACGCCAGUUAGCCAUGCUGCUUGAACCAAUUUUGGACCUGGAGGCUUCGGUGGUGAUGGACCUACUGGCCAACGAGCCAGUACAAGCCAGCACCGAGAAAAAUAAAACGUGUUAAGCGUUAGACACGGAGCCGAAUGUGCUUAAAGCACAAGCUAAUCGCCAAUUGGCAAGAAGUGAUGAUCAACAUUUUGACGAACCGGUGAACUCAGGUCUCACUAGCUGUUCGUCCGAACUAACGCCAGCGGUAAAGAUUAAAACGGACGUGCAUCGGACGCGGUUACGAAAAAUUAUCUGAAACUGAAAGAGAAGAAAAAGGCCAGGAGGCAAUUGGCUAACGAGCAGCAACGCCAGUUAGCCAUGCUGCUUGAACCAAUUUUGGACCUGGAGGCUUCGGUGGUGAUGGACCUACUGGCCAAUGAGCCAGUACAAGCCAGCACCGAGAAAAAUAAAACGUGUGAAGCGUUAAACACGGAGCCGAAUGUGCUUAAAGCACAAGCUAAUCGCCAAUUGCCAAGAAGUGAUGAUCAACAUUUUAUCGAAGCCUUGAACCCUUCUGAAUAUAGAACCCUACCGUCCGAAAAUGAAAGAAAUACACUAUACUUCGUUUGGGCGGAUGAAGUAGACAAAUAUUUACAAGAUCAAACAAUGAAACAACUUAUAAAGAAACAUGGAACGUCCUACACUAAUUGUGUUCGUGCACGUUGUGUUAAAUUAUCUUUAUAAUUGUAAAUUAUUACUGUUGUAAUAAAAUUGUUUCUGUGAAUAAAAUUUAUAUUAAGAUA